AUGGGCGGCGGAGAUCCAGAGAAGGUGACGGAACCGCCGGUGGUGGCCGUUGGACCUUUUCCUGGCGUCCGUCUGGUUGAUGCUCCAAUUCUAUUUUUUGUUCUUUUCCACAAGGCUAUACGAGCGGAGCUUUCCGAGCUCCGCCGUUUUGUGGUAGAGGUGUCCGAAAAUGUGUCCCGUGGGCGGGAUUUGGUUGUGGAUCUUUGCCGGCGGGUUGAGUUCUUGAAGCUUGUUUAUAACUAUCAUUGUGCUGCAGAAGAUGAGGUUAUCUUUCUAGCACUAGAUGGACACGUAAAGAAUGUGGUGUGUACAUAUUCACUUGAACAUGAAAGUAUAGAUGAGCUCUUCGACUCUAUAUUCAAUGGCUUGGAUCUGUUAAUGAAGAAAGAUGAAGAUAUUGCCAAGCCAUUCCAAGAAUUUGUGUCUUGCAUCGGUACCAUCCAGACCACCAUUUGUCAGCAUAUGCUGAAAGAAGAAGAGCAGGUUUUUCCUUUGUUGAUGCAGUACUUCUCUUCCGAAGAACAGGGUUCACUUGUUUGGCACUUCAUGUGUAGUGUUCCCAUAAUGCUAUUGGAGGAUUUUUUGCCAUGGAUGAAUUCUUUUCUUUCUCCAGAUGAACGAAUGGAUGUUAUACAUUGCAUAAAAGAAGUUGUGCCCAAGGAAAAACUACUGCAAGAGGUGGUGAUUUCCUGGGUUGAUAGCAAGGACAGAGAUUUUUAUGGGGCCUAUGGUAAGUAUGGAAAAGGAGGUCAAUUUCCUGAUGGACUUGACAGCUUAAAGGGAACAUUCAAAGUGCAUGCACCUAAGAGCAUUUCUGGAGAAGAAUGCCGGUUAAAGAAAGCACAUAGUAUUGGGGAAACUGGUAGACACAAUCCUAUUGAUGGUAUUCAUCUCUGGCAUGAUGCCAUCAUUAAAGAUUUGAAAGAAAUUUUGGAGGAGCUGUUUCAAAUAAGGACAAACAGUUUUUCAACCUUAGAUUCAGUAAUCGUCCAGUUAAAAUUCUUUGCGGAUGUCCUCAUCUUCUAUAGAUAUGUUUUGGAUAACAUCUUCUACCCUUUGUGGGAUGAACUUACCAAAGAUUUCUCCUCUAUCUUCUGUGAAGUAUUCGUAGAUGAAAGUAGAAUCGAAGGUUUGCAGAAGUUGCUGCACUAUACUGCUCAAAGUGGGAUACCCAUAAGCAAUUUUGUGGAAAAACUUCGCGGGGAAUUGGUGUUGUUUGUGAGAGCGAUUGGCAAACUCCUGACAUAUCUAGAAACAAAGGUUUUUCCCAUCAUCAGCAAGAACUGCAACCAUGAAAUGCAGCAGUGGUUAUUGUACAAAAGCCUUCAUAUGAUGCCACUUGGUUUACUAAAGUGCGUGAUUACUUGGUUCUCUACUCAUUUAUCUGAGGAUGAAUCAAAGUCCAUUCUGUGUAGCUUUAAGCAAGGAGGUCCUCUAACCAACAAGUAUUUUGCAUCUCUCUUGUAUGAGUGGGCAUGCAUAAGUUAUUCAGGUAAAACCUCCGUUGAAAAAGUUAGAAAAGACUUGCGAGAUAUGUUCAUUAGUAGGGCCUCUUUUCUUUCUGCCCAAAACAAGAAGAGUUCUGCAUUUUCUUACUCACAGUCUUAUACGCAAUCCAGAUUCAAUCCUGGGCCUUCAGAAAAAAAUGCAGCCAUCAAUGCUAUGAAUUGUGUGUCUUUUGCAUCAUCUUCAGGCUCCAAAAACACUUGGGACUAUGACAUAUCAUAUUCAAGUAGAAUCAAUCUGCAUAUAUUUUUCCCUCAAACUUUGAAAGAGUUAUCUCCCCUUUCUGCAAUCAUUGGUGCUGGUUCUUUUUUCAAUCUUGAAUCAAGACCCGUGGACUUCAUCUUUUUCUUCCAUAAAUCUCUCAAGAAAGAACUAGAAUAUCUUGUCCUUAGGUCAUCCAAGUUGGCUGAAAAUGUUGGGCUCCUUAUGGACUUCCACCAGCGCUUCAAUCUCGUACGGUUUCUGUAUCAAAUUCAUAGUAAUUCAGAGGAUGAGAUUGCCUUUCCAGCUCUGGAGGCCAAGGGAAAACUCCAAAAUAUUAGUCAUUCCUACACCAUUGACCAUAAAUUUGAAGUUGAACACUUUAAUAAGGUUUCCCUUGUCCUUGAUGAGAUUUCUGGAUUGCAUGUUUCAGUUCCUGAAAGUGAUCUAGAUGCACUGGAUCAGAGAAUGCUACAUUACCAUCAGUUGUGUAUAAAGCUCCACGAUUUGUGCAAAUCUAUGCACAAAAUAUUGAUUGAUCAUGUUCAUCGGGAAGAAGUUGAACUGUGGCAUUUGUUUAGAGAAUGCUUCUCCAUUGAGGAGCAAGAAAAGAUCAUAGGAUGCAUCCUUGGAAUAAUUGGAGCAGAAAUUCUACAAGAAAUGAUACCCUGGCUUAUGGUAUCUUUAACACCAGAAGAGCAGCGCUCCAUGAUGUCUUUAUGGUGCAAGACUGCAAGAAAUACAAUGUUUGAGGAAUGGUUAGGAGAAUGGUGGGAAGGUAUGAAAAUAUCUGUUAUGGCUAAUGUAGAAGAGGAGCCAAACAUUUCCCAUCCAUGGACUAUAGAUCCUCUGGAGGUUAUCUCAACAUAUCUGAUGAAAGAAGAUUCAGAUGAUCAAGGUAGAAACUUAGACAACAAAGGAAUUGAAUCUUCACAAAUAGAUUUUGCUGGUCACAGUAUUAAUGAGCCUUCUAGAACUCUCACCAAGGAUGAUAAGGUAAAGGUUCUCAGUGGAGAUCAAAACAAUCACCAGUCUUCAGAUUGUACUGAAUUUUCUGAGGAAGUUGCCAAAAAGAGAUGCAAUGAAAUAGCAGAUGUCACUGACCAAGCUAAUAAAAUAGGCAAGGUUGUACAAGUCAACCAGACGUUCUGCCAUCAGGAAAAGUUUUCAAUGUUGAGUCAAGAAGAACUGGAGGCUGCAAUAAGAAGUGUAUCCCGUGACUCUACUUUGGAUCCUCGAAAGAAAUCAUACCUAAUCCAGAACCUGCUAACGAGCCGUUGGUUUGUUACACAACAGAAAUUGCAUCCAGAGGUUACUGUAUCUAGUGGAAAAGAAGAAGUUCCAGGCCAGUGUCCAUCUUAUCAGGACCCUCUCGGAUUAGUUUUUGGUUGUAAACACUACAAGAGGAACUGUAAGCUUGUCGCCUCUUGCUGCAACAAGCUAUAUACAUGCAUACGUUGCCAUGAUGAUAUGGCAAAUCAUUCCAUGGACAGAAAAACUACAACCAAGAUGAUGUGCAUGAAAUGUAUGAUAAUUCAACCAAUUGGUGCCACAUGCUCAACAGUUUCUUGUAAUAAUAUAUCAAUGGCAAGAUACUAUUGCCAGAUCUGCAAAUUGUUUGAUGAUGAGAGGAAAAUCUACCACUGCCCUUACUGUAAUCUGUGCCGAGUUGGGAAAGGAUUGGGCAUUGACUAUUUUCAUUGUAUGAAUUGCAAUGCUUGCAUGUCACGUUCUCUUGCAAUACAUGUAUGCAGAGAGAAGUGUUUGGAGGACAACUGCCCUAUAUGCCAUGAAUACAUUUUCACAUCAAGUUCUCCUGUGAAAGCCCUUCCAUGCGGGCAUUUGAUGCACUCGGCAUGUUUUCAGGACUACACAUGUACUCACUAUACCUGCCCAAUUUGUAGCAAGUCACUUGGGGACAUGCAGGGUGCACCCAAUGGAUGUUCCCCACUGUAUAGCCACAGCCUUGAUUCUAUGCCUAUCAAUGGCAUGUAUAUAAAUCUAUCUAAUAGAUAAGCAGUGAUGACUACUCCCCGAGUAUGCAUGCUAAUUUCAUUUACUACCUCAGGCAUGUUACAUUGUUUAUGGUUCAUGUUAUUGGUGCUUUCAGAAUUCAUAAAUGUCAAAAUGGUAUCUUCUAGGUGUAUUUUGGGAUGUUGGAUGCAUGGUUGGCUGAAGAGAAAAUUCCCGAAGAGUAUUCUGGCCAGACUCAGGUCAUAUUAUGCAAUGAUUGCGAAAAGAGAGGAACUGCUUCCUUCCAUUGGCUCUAUCACAAGUGCUCUUACUGUGGUUCAUACAAUACUAGGGUCCUAUGAGUUAGUUCCAAAUUUCCCAAGUUACCAUGUAUAGUAUACCAUUCGGCUUACAUUGAUUUGGCUUACCAGAUUGGAUCAAAUCACUCUCUCUCGCUUUCAAUACAUUUGUUUUUGUUCUUGAUAAUAAAUCAACUAUUUCUCUUGAUUUUAAACAAAAUAGCCUCAGAAUUUUUGUCGUUAUCUAGAGAUAUUAACACUGAAGGAAAUCCAAUAAGAACUUUAAUGCUUUGUUCCAG